ACUUUAUCCAAGAUGCCAAAAGCAAUAUGGCUCCUCCCAUAUUAUUGUGAAGUAUAGUUUAAAGGUUAUAUUGUGUUUAGAUAUUAGAUAUUCUAUUUUUGCGGAGAAGCUAUGCCAACGUGCUGUGUAAAAAAUUGUAAGAAUCGUACGAAUCAUAAUGGGACUAAAGGAAUUAAGUAUUUUACUUUUCCUAAAGAAACAUCUAUACGUCAGCAAUCGCUUAAUGCCUGCCAAAGAAAAGAAACGGAUAUGAAAGUUGAUUCGGCAAGGAUAUGCGAAAUCCAUUUUGAUGAAAAUUGUUUGGUGCUUGAGAAGACAAAACCACGAUUACAAAAUAAACCAACUAAAGAAGUGUUAAGGUUAAAACAGGGAUCUGUUCGAACAUUAAAUCUAGAAAAAAAGCGAAAAGAUAUAAUGUCGCAGAGCAAAGAAGACAACAAAAAAAUUAAAAGUUAAGUCAUUUGUUCCAACAUACACAGAACUUGUGCAAUACGCACAACAGAAACAGCGUUUAUCGCAAGAAGAAAUUUUAAUAAAUGUGGAAACAAACAAAACACAAAAUAAGGAUCAAGCUGUAAAGAAUGUGGAAGGAAAUUCUAUACAAGAUAUGGAAGAAGUUGCAAAAAAUAUAGAUAAACCAGCUAUACAAAGUAUGGAAGAGCAAAAUAAAGCGGUGCAACAAGAGAUAAUGCAAGAGAUUGGCAAUAAUGCAAAUGUUGAUGUCAAAACGGUAUUGAUGCAAUUAAGGAAUACGGAGAAACGCAACCAAGAACUCCUAAACAAAAAUAAAAAUCUUUUAGAAGAAAAAGAAUUCUUAGAAGAAAAAAAUCAAGGUUUAAGUAUACAAGUUACACAGUUGCAAACAGAAGUUGAAAAAAUGGCAAAGGAUAGGCAUAAAGAGGCGGAAACAAUAGCCAUUGAUGCUCUGCGUAAGGUAUUUACACCUGGCCAGAUUAAAAUGUUAAUGUCAUCGACAAGGAGUCAUAUCAAAUGGUCAGCUGAAGAUAUUACAUCAGCCAUUUUGUUAAGAUCAUUAAGUCCAAAAGCUUACAGGUAUUUAAGAAAUGUAAAAAAAUUGUUUACAGACAUUUAAUUAAAUCAUAUGUUUAUCAAAAACUGGUAGAAGUUUAUUCCUCCAAUAUUGAUUAACAGAAAAGAAAAACGUUUAUUGCGACAACGAUUGGCCAAUAUAAUUUGAAAAAUAAUGUCACAAUAUGUUUAUCCUUGUAAAUCAAUCAAUCAAUCAAUUUUUAUUAUUUUCUUUAUCAAUCUUUCUCUUUAAUCUUUAACUUUAUCUGGUGCCAAGAAAUGGACUUGGUUUAUAAAUAAAACUUAACUCACUCAUUCCUUCCAAACAACCUUAAUACUUAUUUAUUCCUAUGUAGCUAUGUUUAGCCUUAUUUAAUUUGAAGGAAAAAGAAAGACAUAUGAUUUAACUAUUAGUUACCCAGAUAACAGAGAGCAUAUACAAUGUGUAUAAUCCACGUGCGCAACACAUGUAUAUGAAGAGAAGUCACCACGCUCGGACACGAGUAAUAGGACUGAGGAUGGAGGAUGGAUAACAGAGAGCAUGUCAUGAGACAAAUAUAAGUCACAUAAUUGUAAAUGGAGAUGCUCUUUGCAGCGUUUUUUUCCAAGAUUAAUUGUAUAUAAAUAAAAACUGACAAUAAGUAAACAAAUAUUCUUAAAGAAUUAUCAUCAAACAAUAAGUAAACAAAUUCUUGUAAAGUUUUUGCUGCAAAUUUGCUAUCAAUGCUUUUGAUAGCAAAAUUUACUCGCAUGUUGCAUACUGAGAAAUCACUUUGUUCCAUUUAAGCUUCAAUUUAAUUGUUUACGUGAUAACAACUUGUCAGCAAAAUUGCAAACAUUAAUUGUUAUUUGGGUAUCUUACCAACCGAAAAAUCGGUCCUUAAUCAUUCCUCAUCUAUUCUACUUGGAAUAUACGUUACAUUAACUAUUCACUUUUUCAGUAUUAUAUUCAAGUAAUUAUGAAUCUAAUCCGGAAGAACUUAAUUUAUUAAAUGACUUGGAACGUAUCACUUUUGAAGAUGAGUUGCGUAGAAAUGCACUCAUAUACAUAGCUAGAUACGUAGCACACAGAUUUAGACAUAUCGUUAUACUAAUUUAGGAGUCCCCACCAAAUCCUUGCCCAAUCCAUCAAAUGACUGGCUUUGCCUAAUAUCUAGAGGAAAUUGUAUGUAUCCAUCAGAAAGCUUCCUUCAUGCAGCUCAGAUAACAGAUGAUGAGUCUAUAAAAUGUCAUGAUGAUGUCUUUAGCAAAGAGGAUAAAAUAUUUGAUAAAUUGACAAAUAUUGUUUGUCAAAAAGUUAACAAUAAUUUCCCGAAAGAAGUCAUUGCUUGUCUCGUUCAAACUCGAACUUACAUAAUUAAGGUUUAAGAAAAAUUAACAAAGAAAUAGUACAAAAUAAUAAUUAAAAGAAAAAAUAAAAAAAUGUAU